AUGACACACAACGACGUCCCGUUGGCGGGCGCGGAACAGUUUUUUACGAGCAUGCUGGAGACCGACAAUACGCACUGGAUGCCAAAGCACAAAAGUGGUAUCUCCGCGGCCACGGUGACGAAUGCGGCGAUAAACUGGCUGUGGGUCGAGGCAGAACGGACGGCCACAACUGCCCUGCUCCUGGAUCAGCUCAGCCAGGCACAACUCGGCGUUGUUUGUGACCUCUGGAGCGGCAUGUACAAUAGACACACUCAAGGGCAGCAACCGACGGUGCCUGCUACCGUGCUCGACCAAAGCCUGUUUGCGAUGCGAUGGGACGACGAGAACAUGCCGACUUACUGCUCAAAACUUGGCAAGGUGUUUGACAGUGUUGAUUCGCUCACUGGCCGAUCCAGAACGAUCGAUCAGGACGACAAGGGCCAGGAAAGCGAGAACCAGACUGACGGCGUUUCGGAGACCUGGGCGCCGUUUGCAGGCGGAGCUCAGAAGCUGCUCCGCACAGUACUUGCAGCAUGGAAGCGCUCGCGGAUUGACCAGUCCGAUCUCCAAUCUCGGCUUCAACUGCUCCUGAAGUUGUUCAUUGCUGCAACGGUUCGUGACAAGGAGGCUGCGUUCCAAGCAGAGGUCUCUUCCCAGCUGCUUGCCGUAUUUUGCGAUUCCGAUGCGCCUCCAGAGAUUGCUUCCAUGUCCGGCAAGGUCCUUGCUGCGCACAUGUACAACUGUGUAGCGGUGGCAGAUUGGUUUUCCGAGCGGUGGGUCCCGUGCCAACUCGAUGCGUGCUUCUCAGCCCACAAGGAUCUCGCGGUUGCGGGGCUUUUGUGCACAAACUGGGUACAUGUGAGCAGGACUGCAUGGGACCAUCUGCACGUCGAGUGCGCCACCAUUCAACGCCUUCUCAACGGGCUGGAGUGUCUAAACCCGAGCCUCUACCGGGAUGCAGAGAACGAGCGUGAAUCGCGCAUCUGGGCUGCAUACCGCGCCUGCACUCUGCUCAAGCACGCUCCAAGCGAGUGGAGGAGUGUGGCACUCCUCCAACACAAGGACAUUCCGAAGCAACUGUGCAGCUUUUUGCUGUCUCCGUUUCACGGUCCUGCAGCCUCGCAUCUACGGACUGUUUGUGCCGAGCUGUUGGUCGAUAUUUUGCAUAGCCAUCAUUUCGAGUCAUCUCGAGAUGGCAUGCAGGAGCUGUUGAAGAGCAGCGUGCUCCUUGUGAAGCAGAAGUUCGACUAUUUGAACAUCUACCAGCAAUCUGCGAGCGACCGCGAACAGAGAGCCACUGGCCAGCUCAUGCUCACGCUCACCCUCGACCUGCCGAUGGUUCCUGCAAAGCUGUUUGCUCCUUCCAACGUUGAUCCUUUCGAUCCGAAUGGAGCUCCCAAGCGUUCUCAAGUUUGA